AAAUGGCACAUUUGUGUCCUCUUUAUAAUUUGUUGAUGUUCCCUGCAGGUAGCCACGCCCCCCGCGGGACACGCCCCUCGUUCAUUUAGCAGCACGCGGCCUUGAUGCUAAAUCUAAAUCCCAACCUCUUCUUCGCAGCAAACAUAUCCCACUACAUGACUUCAUAUAUUGCACACAGUAACACCCCCAUCAAUUUUCAGUGUAUAAGGUGUGUAGUGUAAAAUAAAGGUUUCAUUUAGCAAAACUGAAAGAGCAGCCUAAAAUAAAGUGAGCCUUUCAAGGGUUAGUUUCGGUUUCUUAAUCCAUUAAAGGGGAAAUUCACCCAAAUCAUAAAAAAGCUUUUCUAUCUUAAAGUUAGCGGUUCUAUCGAGUCAUUAAGACACAGUCGCUUCGGGCUGCUGCAAUGGAGAAGAGCUCAGACAGCAGUCUUAUGGAACUGCUUCACAUUGAAUAAGAGUGAAACUGCAUAUGAGCUCUGUUGCUUAUACUGACUGUGUUUUAUUUACUUGAUUGCGUUUAUUUCAGCUACAUUUUAGGGAAGUUCUGGUGCGGAAAAUAUAAAAGACUGCUAAAAGUUACAAGGAUGGUUUUAUCACUGCUGCCACUACUGCAAUUAAAAGUCACAUUUCACUAGCAUACAUUGUUUUCCAACCCAACCAUUUCCCUACUAAAUGAUAGAAUGAAAUAUAGAUAGCUGUAACUGAAGCCAUUUCUGCUUAUUGAUUUGAAACCAUCCCACCACCCACACCCCCAUAUCUUGAAACAGGACCCGGCCUUGUGUUGCAGAGCCAAAUUGCCCGGUUCACACCUAAACGCGGGGUAAAUGUGUUGUGUGAAGGAGUCGUGUCAGCGGGGUGUGGUCGGUAAAGCCCACCAGGAGGACUCUGGACAAGAUUUGCGCAGGGACAGCUAGAUGUUUAAUGUUCGACACUUUCUACAUCUAAGAUGUAGCCUGUCGUUUCAGACCGCAGUUGGACUCGACUGUUCUUUGAGUUUGGGGGUAGCUUUUUUCCGCACUGCAUUUAUGGUCACCCUGAUCCCCAUAAUGGGCUAAAGUGUGCAGAUAACACUGGGAUGAUCGGAUCACGGGGAUCCCGAAGAUUAAGUGGCUUUUCAGAGGCAAUGAUACUUCCGUUUGAAAUCAAAGAGAGGGCGAUUAGUAAAGGCUCAGAGAUCACUCUUGGUAACCAUGGCAGCGAGGAACAAGGGAAAAGAUUUCAGCAUAGCUUCCAAUUUCCAUUAUAGCCCCCCCCUUUUUCAAGGAGUAAGAUGAUGCAAUGGGAAUAUAUAACACUAUAAUUUGUUAAAUAUAACUGAUUUGACUGAUGCUGUUUGGAUGUUAAAAGUCUCUCUCUAGGACUUAAGCCACGUGGACCCGCCCCAUAAAUAAGUCCUGUAACGUGCUCGCCUGAGCCUGUGAUGGAAACUAAUUAGUGAAAAUGCGCCCUUUGGUGGCAGAGAAAUGGACCGUUUACAGCUAAUAUCGUGACUCGUCGGGUGUAUCGGCCACACUGACAAAAAGAAAUCCAAUCAAGUGGACCUGGCAGGGUUUUUGGACAUGUAGUGAAGUCAACAACUGCUUUGAUUUUGAAAGGGAUCUCGUGUGAAGUCCAAACAUCGGGUAUCGAGCUGACCUGCGGCAGCGCACACUUAACACUCAGGUGCAAUAACCAUCGUCACACUUCAUCACAUCAACAGACAAACGUGACUUGCUCCCUUUUGUCACGGUGGUACCUACAUAUGGUUUAUUUAUGAGGUGAAUUGUUGUUUUUUUUAAUUAUUAUUUUUUUUAUUUGAUGUGCUUCAUAACUGCAAAUGCACAGAUCACAGGGUCUUGCAUUUGCAGUUAAGCUUCUUCAUGUUGCACCAUCCGCAGCUCUCAUUUGGUCUUUUUCAUCACUUGAUGCCAAGUGCCGAUGCCUCACACGUCAUAAAAAGUCCUCCUAGCUGCUCACUUUCUCACUUCAAUUCUGUUCCCACGAGAAAAAAUAAAGUUUCCCAUAGUCUCACCUCACGGGCUCAUCCUCUGGGAAGCGUUAAAAGCCAGCAGGAUGCUCUACAUUGAGCCUAAUGCAAUUAAUAAGUGCUGUAUGAAAAGACUCAUUACACGAAGUUUCAAUAUUUUCUCUUAUGUUCCUAUGAAAUGUUUUACUACAAAAUAUGGCAACCGGAAUUUAACCUUUCAUGAGUGAUGUAUUGAUAAACUAUAAAACUACACCAGCAGGCUGCAUGUGUUGAUGAUGUCAUCAUUUGUAAAGCUAAGCUAUAGGUUAUUGCUAAUAUUGCUGCCUUUAAUAUUAACUGUUGUAUAAGUUAUUUUAGAGACACCUCACUACCCGAUCACUGUUUGAAAUUUAGUUUCGAUUUUAUCCAUGGCCCAUAAUGAAGUUAGUUGAGACCAUUGUCGGUGUUAAGUGUCGUCACUCACACCUGUCAGCCAAUCAGAGGCAGCACGAGGCCUACUUAUAAUCGCCCCCAGGCAACAGGAGGCUGUUUCGACUGCUGCAGCUUCCACUCAGGACCUUUGGAGCAAACAUGACCAGGAAACUACAAAAUCCAAUGCUGGAAGAUGGCAAGAGUAGAAAAAGGGUUCUGAAACCAGUUGUGGAAAAGAAGAGAAGAGAUCGAAUAAAUCAAAGUCUUGCUGAACUGAGAAGUUUGCUGUUGAAUCAUACAUCUGACCCACGGCUGCAGAACCCUAAAAUAGAGAAAGCAGAGAUUCUCGACUUGGCUGUGGAAUAUCUUCAAAAGUGGACAGAUGGGAAGAGCUUUGACUCUACUAACAGUCACUUGGAGACUCAUGCUGCUGCGGUAAGCCUUCAUCACUCAGAGUCCAAUGCUCCUACUCUCUUUACCAUUGAGAGUGCAGGUUUUCAGCAGUGUGUGGCCCAGCUGACCAGCUACAUGCACAGAAUAACACCGGCACAGAGAACGAGCCUGAUUGAGGGGCUGAAACAUCACGCAGGGAGCCAGCAGCCAAACAAUACCAAACCAGACUCCAGCCAGAGAAUGACGGAGACUGAGACGGCUAAACGGCCAGAUGCAACAUCUGAGAGGAAAGAAGAGUCUCCUAGGUUUUUGUUUCCAUCUCACUCCCCAUUUCAGCCUCACUCUUGCUCCACACCAUGCCACGACUAUCUGUCCCCUCCUCCCUCUCCCUGGCUUUCUCCUUCUUUCUCCACAUACGCCACCUCUCCUCCUUUCCCGUCAUUUGCCUCUCACUUCUCCUUCCCCCCCAGCCUGUCACCUCUGUCUUCCAACACCUCCUUCUUUAGUUUCUCCCCCAUAGUCCCUCACUCUGGCCCUCCUGCCCUCCACUACCCCCCUCUCACCACACUGAGAUCCCCUCCGCACCCUGCACCGAGGGAGGGGUCGCCACCAAACUCUUCUUCACCCAUGUGGAGACCUUGGUUUUGAUGAAGUGGACCAGAGACUGACAAAAGGAGAACAGCAGAGCCGCCUAGUGGGAACUAGCUGCAACUAUUGACUGUAGAGAGGAUGAAAAACUCUCCACGCUGGGAAUGUAUAGUGUACAUAUGAUUAAAAUUGCUUAUAUUUUGUAUUUCUUCUUAUAAAUAAAACUUGUACGUGA